CAGGAGAAAGACUGCGAGUCCCAGCUCUUUUAGACUCAGAUACGCAGAGAGAGAGAGAGAGAGAGAGAGGACAGACAAUAGUGGAAGAAGAAAACCGUCGGAUCCUACACACACAUCUUUCUCUCUCUCUCUCAUGGCGUUUGACCUUGGGACGACGCUGGCACCUCUUCCUUCGAUCUUCCGCGCACCUUCCCACUGCCAAUUUUGCCAUACGGAAGGGCUUUAUUGCUCGAUGUCAUCUGGGACGGUUACUGGUUUGAUCAAACCUCCUUUCAAUGCUCGGAGAGCUUCCGAUCUUUCUAGCAUGAGCUUUGGAUGCAGGAACCCACUUUUUGGAGUGCAAUCUAAUUGGUUGUCCACAGGACAGGAGAGUUCUCCAUUAAAAGUUUGCGUUGCUGCAGAUUACUCAGAUUCAGUACCCAAUUCAUCUAAUUACAUGGGAAAUCUGGGCUACCAUCCUCUUGAAGAACUAAAAGACUAUGAUAGAAGCAGGGACAAGAUGCUCACAGGCGCUGAAAUAGCCAGGACCACCAUUGAGGCUAACAGCAGUGCAUUGCUUUUAUUCCCGGGGAUGGUGCAUUCCGAACCUCAUGAACAAGCCUCGUGGGCUGAAUUUCAAUAUGUUAUUGAUGAUUUUGGAGAUGUAUUUUUUGAAAUCUUCGAUGAUGAAAACAUGCUGCUAGAUCGUGGAGCCAGCAAUCCUGUGACUGUUUUCAUUGGGAUGGAUUUUCAUAUAACUGGAGGGAAUUCAGACAUUUCCAGUAGUUACAGUGCUUAUUUUGAUAAUGAAGAGGUUGCUGAUACAGAAGUAUCUAGUAUUCUGAUUGAUUGGGGGAUGCCAGAUACGUUGCGUCGGAUCCAUCCUAGGUAUUUCGCAAAAUGUUUGACAAAGGCAGUUCAUACGAAGUACCGGAAAAUGAUGGACCAUCCAUCAAAUGGGCUUUCUAUUGUGGGAUGUCUUAGACCAGCUUUCAUUGACGAAGAAUCUUAUUUGAGAACACUGUUUCCUGCAGAGGAUACUUAUGGUGGUUCAGAUUGGAAAGACGGUGAAAUAUUGAGCCUCAAUUCCAAAGAUUAUGGGGGCAGCAUAAGCUCAACACUCUACAAGCUGGAUAUCAUUAACAUUGAUUUAUAUUCUGUUUAUGGUGAUAAGUCCACAAUUAGUGUGCAGGACUUUCAAGAUGCUGAGCCCGAUGUUCUUGUACAUUCUGCUUCAGCAAUCGUAGAACGGUUCAGUGAGAGUGGGAUGAAUUGUAAUGUUGCUCUUAAAGCUCUUUGUCGAAAGAAAAAGGGUCUUAAUGUGGAGGGUGCAAAUCUUAUUGGCGUGGACAGUCUUGGUAUGGAUGUAAGAGCUUUCUCUGGGGUAGAAGCCCAGACAAUUCGUUUUUCAUUCAAUGCUCAGGCAAUGUCAGAAAGUGCUGCAGAAAAGAAGAUAAGGCGACUGUUGUUCCCGCGGAAUUACCGUAAGAAUUAUAAGACCUCAAGUGAUGGCCGUAGAGACUUUGAUUCUUUUUAAACUCUCCUUGUUAACAUCAAAUAAGUAGGUUUUUGAAAAUAAGUUUUUGAAGCUCAA